AUGAAACCCUGUGACAGUUUUCCUGCCAGAUUUGGAGGAAUCCACUUUGUGAACCAGCCGUGGUACAUCCACGCUCUGUACACCGUCAUCAGACCCUUCCUCAAAGACAAGACCAGGAAGAGGAUCUUCAUGCACGGCAACAACCUGAACAGCCUCCAUCAGCUGAUCCACCCUGAGAUCCUACCGUCGGAGCUCGGCGGUAUGAUGCCGCCGUACGAUAUGGGCACGUGGGCGCGGACGCUGCUGGACCACGCCUACGACGAGGAGACGGACUACUGUCCGGAGUCGUACACCCUGUCAGUGCAAGACCUGGAGAGAGACCUGGAGAAGAACCUGUCCCCGAAAACCAUGAAGAGGUCUCAGUCGGUGGUGGAGCCCGGCGUCCUGAAACGACCGGACAAAGUCAAGAGCGAAGAGGACAACAUGCAGCCGCUGCUCUCGCUGGACUAAACCUCACAUUUACAGCUCAACAAAAAAAAAGUCCCCCCUUCAUCAGUAUUCACACACACAGAUUCUCCACCAGACUUACCUGUGCACACACUGGAAACGCCGCCGCCUUCGCUGCUGCAGGAUUCUUGUUCCUCUUGAACUCGAAGGAGACAAGCGGCCGGAGACCAGGCGGACGUUCUCUCAGACCGAUGGCGUCCUAAGAGCUACUGAUGGUGUUCUAUAUAUUUAUUAAGUUAUUUGUCAAGUGCCAAUUCCCCAAAAAAUGUAAAUUAACGUCUUUGAACGGUCCAGCCCCUCGGUGAGGACUGGGGGGGGCACGUGUGCAAAAACCACGAUCUCCUGCAGUUGUACAGUAUAUUAGCGAUGACGGAAGUGGAAAAGUGGAAAUCAGACUUGAAAAGGAGGCUCGGGGGUUUGAUUCCCAGGCUGCUGGGUUUUUUUCUUUGUACAGUGAUUUAAAGAAAACGCCUCGUUCGGGCGUGAAGCACGGCUCAGGAUAACGAGUUCAUUCAACCUCCUGGACCCAAACUGGCGACCAGGCGGGUGGUUUACUGGGAGUUGACUCAACAGGGAGGUCGGGGGGGAGGCAGGCGUCUUUCCCUGUAAAAAAAAACAAAAUGUCUGAACGCUCAGCCUCACUCCCGUUAUCUCUUGUAAAAGCAAACACCCCUUUACAGUCAGAGUCGGCUCCACAUGAAUCAUCUGCUUUUUCCAUUUUGGCCAUUUUCUCCACAAGAGCAGUAUUUAUUCUUAAAGUAUUUAAGCGUCAGGCUCUUUUUAAAACAGCGAUGAAGUAUUUGUUUGGCCGACGACGACCAACACAUUUAUUUUCAUGUCCAACCAAAUAAAUGCGGCUACAUUUUAUUUUACGGAAACAGCAAAAGGGCAAACACGUCACCCUGUCCCGUAACUUUGUGAUGGAUCUCUUCUAUUUUCAGCAAUAAUGAUCCUCUGAGGUCUUUUUCCGUUAACGAGAGUUGAUUUACGUUUGUUAUAAGAUGUUAUAAGAUUUACAGAAUAAGGCAGUAAACGAUCGUAGUGGUAUUUCUUAUUUUUUGCAUGUUUUACACCAUUAAAAUCACAUGUAAAUUAUUUUCUAACAAACGCGUAGAUAGAAUUCUUUUUUGCCUCAUUCUGGGCUGCAAUGCACUUUCUCAGUAUUUAUUUAAGGACGUUAUCGGUGUUAUGCAGUUAAAAAUGAGCAGUAUUCAUUUGCAGUUUGACUCUCUAGCUUCUUCUCAUGUUCAGCUCCUGAUUUGAAGACGUGAUCGAAGGUUUUUGCCUUCACGUGCUCUUUUGUAAGAUUCUAGAUCGAUCUUACAACGUUAAGAAAGUGCUAAAAAAAAAAAAUCCUGGAUCCAGUUCCCGUCCUGUCACUAAGUUCUAGGAUCCAUUUGAUGGUUUUCGAGUAAUUCUGCUGAAAAACAAACAAACAAAUGAAUUAAUUAACAAUAGAGGCGACAACACACAAGCGGCUCAGAUAAAAUCCAGUUUGGAGAAAGAGGAAAGAAAAGCACUCAACACGUUUGUUAGGCCUGAAGGAAACACACACACACACACACACACACACACACACACACACUUGAAAUGUCUCCUGACAUGUGAACACACCAGACCUGCAGAAGAUCAAUAACGUCAUUAAUUAACAUUUACUAACUGAGUCUGUGGUGAAGGCUGAUGGAUCUGAGGCAGCAGUGAAACAGCUUCAUAAGUACGACUGAGCGGUAACAUGACAAACACAGAUCUCUGAUCAGGUGUUCUUCAAAGGGAUUUAAAUAUAUACGUUAAGUUUAAUUUCACAGGUUUUCUUCUGCACAUUUAAAGUAUUUGAAUAUAAUCACAGUCGGAUAUUUAAAAUGACGGAGCCACUAUCUUCUGCUCCACUCAGUUUUCAAGAAGAAAAACGUGUCCAUGUGAAACCGAAGGUGUUCGACACAGUUUACGUUCUUCCAACUCAACCGUUCACCACAGGGUUCAGAUAAAAACAAAAAAAGAAGAAGUGUUUGACAACCGAAUGUUGAGGAGGCGGGCAGGCGAGCAGCCGAGCCGAGUGCAGGGAGGCCGGCGGGCAGGAGGCGUGAGGUGGCCGGCCUCGACGAGAGCAGACAGCUGGAAUGUUAAACUAUCACACCAGCGUACUCGACAUGUCGGCCUCACUCACAACAGCUCAGAGGCUCCGUGCAGAGCGGAGAUAGGCGGCGGCCUCGGUGGUUUUCACUGUGGCUCAGUGUGACGUGUCUGGUUCCAGAGUUAGACGGAGACGAUGCUGUUUUAUUCAGUCGCUGAUCAUGAUUGUACUGUUUACCGUCAUCAUGAAUUAACCCCUCGAUGACCUGCAGUGGAACAUCUCGACUCUUCAGUGAAACACUGGUUACUUCAUUAGUUGAUCCUGCAGCUCAUUGACUUCCUGGUGAUUUACGUUGAACCAGGAACCCUGUAAGAGGACGCACAGAAUGGCGACACACAUGAUGUGAUGCUAGAAGAGUGAGGGUGACGCUGAACGUCCCAGAAAACUGUAGCGUCGCUCAGUCGAGCACGUGUUCCCCCUACAGGCCCAACACUCUGAAACCAGAAGCCUCUAGAAACCUCUAGAUCCAGACUUUCAUUUGGAUCUACAACAAACUACACACUCCAUGGCAGAUUCUUCUCAUCAGUGUCCUCGAAUGUCUGCGAAAUCAACGGAACGUUUUGAAAAACAUCAUCUCAAUUAUUAAGAAAGAGAUCGAAAGAAAGAAAUCUCGGAUCCGCCCCGAAAUUGAAUGGGUUCCUUUCUGACACACUCCACAUCAGGUUUCCUGGUGACACUAUCUGGAGUUUUCGUGUAAUGCUGUUCACAAACAAACCAACAAGCUAGAAUGUCCCUGAGUGGAGCUCAGACCUCGGCUGAGGUCCGACAGGUUCCGAAAAAAUCUGCACCAAGUUUCCCACAUUCAACAACAUCAGUCACCUAAAUAUGUCUUCUUUUCACAUUCGAUGUGUUUAUACACACGUGGCAACAUCUACAUGAAGAACAAUUAAACCAGACAAUAACUCCUUAAAGUGAUGUUUUCAAAAUAUAUAUCGUUUAAACUAAUUAGACUCAUUAAGAAUGUAUCUGUCGCCCUCUUUAACCUUCAAUUAAAACAUUACAAUCACCACGACUGCACUGAAACAAGAGGAUGUGACAGCGUCAUGAUUUAACCGGUGCGCAGAUGUUCAGUGUGUGUUGCACAUCUGGUUUUUUUUUAUUCCUUUUUCACUCGCUGCGCUCAAAGUGUCUCUGUAGGUUUCUGAAUCAGUCGACGCUCUCGGGAAAUGAAGAAACCACGUUCAUCACAUGUCGCUGAUUCAUUUCUGUGCAUCAGCAAAUAUCUGAGAUGAGUUGUUCACAUUUAAAAAACCAGGAUUCAGACGAGCCGUCAUGGAGGAGGAGGUGUGAAGGAAAACACACAUGAGCACCACACAGGGAAACACACACACACACACACACAGACACACACACACACACACACAGCCACUGUAGAUGCUUCCAGUUGUUAGGAUAUAAAGUUUACAUGUAAUAAACAUCUGUAUACGGCUUGAGUUCCUCUGAACCUCUAUCUGAAUAAUCUGCAGGAUUAUUUUGUUGUAAAACUCGUAUGUAGAGGUGAAGAUUUCUAAUUUUAUUAUUACAGAUACACUUUAUCCAGUGACGCUUUGCGCUUUAUCACAUUUCUGAAAUGUUUCUUUCUUUUUUGUCAGUAUUUUAUUAAAACUGAUAUCUACCUUGUUGACGACACGGGGGAGGAGGCAGAUGCGUAUAUGUUGUAUGAAUUGUAAACAGAAUUAUGAGGUUUUAUUUAAGAAACUCAGCAUUUUGAAUGUUAUUUCUGUGUUGUUGUCUUUCCUGUUGACUUUGAUCAAAGUGUUGUUGAAGACAUUUCAGACACUUCAGACGUGUCGACGCAGACAAAGAGCAUUUAUCAACCGAUUUCCCAGAGAAUCAUUUUUGGAUAUUGAUGAAAAACAGGUUUAUUUAGUUGAUUUGAAAUAUGAGUGUGAGUAAUUUGGUGCAGCUUGGUUGAGUUAGAGGGAACUGUUCGGCCUUGGAGGAUAUUUAGAUCUUACUUUUACCUAGAAUGUCACUCAGAAGAGCUCAAACCUCCGCCGAGGCCCAGCCGUCCCAACAAAGUCAGUCAAAUUACACACAGUCAUAGAAAUCAGUUCCCUAAUGAUUUUAACCCAGACACAUUUAAUUUGCUUUGUUUAUAUCUGGGAUCGAUAGAAAUGUAGGACACGAGAUACAAACAUUAAUAAUUCCCUGUGAAAAUGGUGAGAAAGUCAAAAUAACACCACAAAGAAAGU